CUAAAUUUGUUGAUGAAAAAGCUAGCACUACUCAGCAGCCAUUUGAAGUAUUCUCCUGCUGGUAUUUUUCAGCCACAUCAGUUCUGCAGAGCGUGGGCAGGAGCCAACAGCUGACAGUUGUCAGCAGAUGUGGUUAUAUUGAGGAAGCCUGUAUUAUUCCAUGUCCCUCAGACUGCAAGCUCAGUGAGUGGUCCAACUGGUCUCGCUGUAGCAAAUCUUGUGGGAGUGGGGUAAAGGUUCGGUCUAAAUGGCUCCGUGAAAAACCCUACAAUGGUGGAAGACCCUGUCCAAAGCUAGAUCACGUCAAUCAGGCUCAGGUAUAUGAGGUAGUCCCCUGCCACAGUGACUGCAGCCAAUACGUAUGGGUUACUGAGCCCUGGAGCGUCUGCAAGGUGACCAAUGUGGACUUAAAAGAGAACUGUGGAGAAGGUGUUCAAACAAGGAAAGUCAGGUGUAUGUUAAAUACAGUGGAUGGUCCUUCUGACACUGUAGAGGACUAUCUGUGUGAUCCUGAAGAGAUGCCACUUGGUGCUAGAAAAUGCACGUUACCAUGUCCUGAGGACUGUGUUAUGUCUGAGUGGGGAUCAUGGUCUCGAUGUUCUUUGCCAUGCAAUGGAAGUAGUGUUCGUGAAAGGUCAGCUGAACUCCUGAGACAACCAGAUGACGGAAAGUCUUGUCCUGCUGCUACCGAGACAGAGGUCUGCACUUUGAACAAAAACUGCUACCACUAUGACUACAAUGUGACAGACUGGAGCACAUGUCAGCUCAGCGAGAAGGCCGUCUGUGGUAGUGGCAUCAAAACACGGAUGCUCGAUUGUGUUCGCAGUGAUGGCAAAUCAGUUGACCUCAAGUACUGUGAAGAGCUUGGUUUGGAGAAGACAUGGCAAAUGAAUAUGUCCUGUGUGGUGGAAUGUCCUGUGAACUGUCAGCUCUCUGACUGGUCCCCUUGGUCUGAGUGCUCUCAAACAUGUGGCCUUACAGGAAAAAUGAUCAGAAGAAGGACCAUAAAUCAGCCGUUUCAGGGUGAUGGGAGGCCUUGUCCUUCUCAGAUGGAGCAAUUCAAACCCUGUCCAGUAAAACCUUGUUAUCGGUGGCAAUACGGUCAAUGGUCUGCAUGCAAAGUAGAGGACGCUCAAUGUGGAGAGGGAACACGAGUGAGGAACAUUUCUUGUGUGGUUUUUGAUGGAUCUGUUGAAGAUGUUGGCAAAGUAGUAGAUGAGGAAUUCUGUGGAGAAAUAGAGCCUAUUAUAGAUGGUAAUAAGAAGAUGAUACUUGAGGAAACCUGCACUGUCCCUUGUCCAGGGGACUGUUACUUGAGAGAGUGGUCAGAAUGGAGCCUUUGUCAGCUAACCUGUGUUAAUGGUGAGGAUCUCGGCUUUGGAGGGAUACAAGUUCGAUCUCGGGCAGUGAUCAUUCAGGAAUUAGAGAAUCAACAUCUCUGUCCAGAACAGGCUUUGGAAACAAGACCAUGCAGUGAUGGCCAGUGCUAUGAAUACAAGUGGAUGGCUAGCCCAUGGAAGGGAUCUUCUCGAACCGUGUGGUGCCAAAGGUCAGAUGGUUUAAACGUCACAGGGGGCUGUUUAGUGAUGCGCCAACCAGAUGCUGACAGGUCAUGUAACCCACCGUGCAGUCAACCCCACGCUUACUGCAGUGAGACUAGAACAUGCAGUUGUGAAGACGGAUACACUGAAGUUAUGUCCUCCGAUGGCACACUCGAACAGUGCACUCUCAUCCCAGUGGUGGUGAUCCCCACCAUGGAGGACAAAAAGGGAGAUGUGAAAACCAGUCGAGCUGUGAACCCUACCCAGCCCUCCAGUAACCAGUCAGGACGAGGAAGGACCUGGUUUCUGCAGCCAUUUGGGCCAGAUGGGAGGCUGAAGACCUGGGUUUAUGGUGUAGCUGCUGGUGCAUUUGUUUUACUCAUCUUUAUUGUUUCUAUGAUCUAUCUAGCCUGCAAAAAGCCAAAGAAGCCCCAGAGAAGGCAGAACAACCGACUGAAACCUUUGACCUUGGCUUAUGAUGGAGAUGCAGAUAUGUAAAAUAUAACUUCUCCUGGUGACCUAUGGAGUCUAAAUUAAUGGAUUGAAAUCAGAAGGUAUCCAAAGCCACAGGGAUUUUCUAUGGAGUGGAUUAAGUGUUUUGACUUUUUCUUUUUGGUAACUGCACCGUAGAUAAAGAAGGAUGGAUUUCAUAAUGCCUACGGAUAUUCAAGGUAUUAUUGCUUUACUUUAGAUCAUCAGCACUGAGAAAUCUGGCAGAAUCACAUCAAUAGACACUGCAGUUGGAGAUUUGUGGUCUUUGCUCAGUCUUACAAACUAUUAGCACCACUUCUAUCUCCAGAAUACUGUAGCUGACAUAGUACUAACAGUUGGAAGCCCCUGCAACAUUAACCAAGUAUAAUCAGUACGCAUGAAGAGUUUGCACCAAGCUGUCUACGACUCUUUAUAUUCAAGCAUAACGUAUAUACUCAGCUGAACCAUAUGUAUUCCUCUAUC